ACGUGGUUGGUAGAGAGGGACAAAGUUAACUCAGAAAAGACAAAAGCUAAAAGGAAACAGCAGCUAGUGCGAUCCUUUCAUUUAAUGUGGACUUGCAUAAGUCUUUUAGCUUUGUCCGUGAGAAUCUACCUCACCUUUGAUAGAGGCAAACCGUUUGCUCCUCUGUUUUUUUUUGUUUCUAAUUGAUUCAGCUCUGCUGCUGCUUCUACAAUGGCCUUCUCCAUUGGGAGCUUACCAUGGUGUGACGCUGAACAGAAUCUAGCCUCUUCUUGCUUCCAAAGAAGCGUCAUAUAUCUCAUAAAUCUACUGUUCCUAUGUAUCUUCUUCUUGCUUUCGGCAGCUAGUUGUGUUUCCAAACAGUUUACUGUCAGGAGCCGGAACAAAGGCUGGACAUUUGUCGCUGCAGCUAUAUGCUGUCUUGUUACUAGUAUCACUUUCCUUGGUGCUGGUUUAAAACUUCUUACUGAUGAUUCUAAUGACGUCUUUUGGGUUGCUUACUUUGUUCAAGGCACCAUUUGUGUCUCACUUGCGGUUUCUCUGUUUUUUAGCGGCUCAAAAUGGAUUAGCAUCGUUACAUCCCUUUGGUGGGUGUCUUUUGCUUUGUUGGAUUCAGCAGAAAAGAUUGAGAUACUUUCACAGGGAAAAGGCAUCAGAGUAUUAGACAUUAUAACAUUGCCGAUGAGCCUUAUGCUUCUCCUUUGCUUCUACACAUCUCUCAAAGCCUCUCCUGCUCCUCAAGAUUGUCUUUCUGAUCCUCUUGUAACUGACAAACCUAUAAAACACUCUGCAAGGUUGGCCUCAGCUGGUUUUUUCAGCGUCCUGACAUUCUCUUGGAUGAAUCCUUUACUCUUGGCUGGUUCCAAGAAACCAUUGUCCCCUGAAGAUAUCCCUAGUCUAGUCCCAGAGGAUGAGGCUGAGUUAGCUUACAUUAAAUUCUCUCAAGCAUGGGAUACACUUCUUGCAGAGGGAAGCUCAAGUAAGGAAAGAAACUUGGUGUUUAGAGCCAUUGCAAAAGUUUACUUCAAGGAAAACAUAUUCACAGCGGUUUGUGCCUUAUUCAGAACCAUUGCUGUUGUAUCUCUUCCACUAAUGCUAUACGUCUUUGUGAACUAUGCAAACAGUGACCACCGUGAUCUCCGCACUGGUUUCUUUAACUUAGCCUGUCUAGUUUUGUUAAAACUUAUUGAUUCCUUGUCAAUGAGACACUGGUACUUUGCGGCAAGAAGAUCAGGGAUGAGGAUUAGAUCAGGGCUGAUGGUUGCUGCCUACAAGAAGCAGCUAAAGCUAUCAAGCUUGGGGAGGAAAAAGCAUUCAUCUGGAGAGAUUGUGAACUACAUUGCUGUGGAUGCAUACCGUAUGGGAGAGUUCUUAUGGUGGUUCCACUCAGGAUGGAGCCUUACGCUGCAGCUUUUGCUGUCCACACUUGUACUCUUUGGAGUGGUUGGAGCAGGAGCCUUUCCAGGUUUGAUUCUUCUCUUCCUCUGUGGUCUCCUUAACCUACCGUUUGCAAAGAUGCUGAAGAACAGCCAGACCCAGUUCAUGAUGGCACAGGAUAAACGUCUGAGGUCAACCUCAGAGACUCUGAACAGCAUGAAAGUCAUUAAGCUGCAGUCAUGGGAAGAGGAGUUCAAGAGUCAGAUAGAAUCUUUCCGUGCUGAUGAGUUCAGAUGGUUGGCUAAGGCACAAAUGACAAAGGCCUUUGGUACUUUCCUGUAUUGGAUGUCUCCAACAAUAGUUUCUGCUGUUAUAUUUGUGGCGUGUGGUUUACUGAAAAGUGCUCCACUGAAUGCAAGCACCAUCUUCACUGUUUUAGCUACACUGAGAGUUAUGUCAGAGCCUGUUAGGCUUAUACCUGAAGCCAUUUCUGCUAUCAUCCAAGUCAAUGUCUCUUUCGACAGGAUAAACAACUUCUUGCUCGGUGAUGAGCUGAAGAUUGAUGAGAUUGAGAGAAGUGGUCUGGAGGAAUCUGGAAAUGUAGUAGUUGACAUACAAGCUGGUAACUUCAGCUGGGAUCCAGAGAUGAUAAAGAUCCCAACUCUAACAUACAUAAACUUGGACAUUAAGUAUGGGCAAACAGUUGCGGUUUGUGGACCAGUUGGUGCAGGAAAAUCAUCACUGUUGCAUGCAUUACUCGGAGAGAUACCUAAAGUUUCUGGAACUGUUAAGGUCUGUGGGUCCAUAGCUUAUGUUUCUCAGACAUCUUGGAUCCAAAGUGGUACCAUAAGGGACAACAUCCUCUAUGGAAAGCCAAUGGAAGCCAGACGCUACAAUGCUGCUAUUGAAGCAUGUGCGUUGGAUAAGGACUUGAGUGACUUUAGACAUGGUGAUCUCACAGAGAUAGGACAGAGAGGACUUAACUUGAGUGGAGGACAAAAGCAAAGGAUUCAGUUGGCACGUGCUGUCUAUGCAGAUGCUGAUGUUUACCUGCUUGAUGAUCCUUUUAGUGCUGUGGAUGCACAUACAGCUGGAGUUCUUUUUCAUAAAUGUGUUGAGGACUCGCUGAAGGAGAAAACUGUCAUUCUUGUCACUCACCAAGUGGAAUUCCUCUCAGAAGUUGAUCAAAUUCUGGUUAUGGAAGAAGGAAGUAUCACUCAGUCAGGUAAGUAUGAGGAACUCUUAAAGAUGGGGACUGCAUUCCAACAGCUGGUGAAUGCUCAUAAUGAAAGCAUGGGAGAUCUUAGGCAAGUAGGUAUAAACAGAGAGAUGGGAGAUAUCGACGUCGAUAAAGUAAAAGAAGAAACCACAACAAUGGAGGAUAUAAGAGGGAUCCAACUUACGCAAGAAGAAGAAAAAGAGUCAGGUUAUGUUGGGUUGAAACCUUUCUUGGACUACUUCCGUGUCUCCCAAGGAUGGUUUCUUCUAUCAGCAACCGUAUUAGGACAGGUUGGUUUUGUAGUUUUCCAGGCUGCAUCAACGUACUGGCUUGCGUUUGCUAUUGGGAUCCCUAAACUCUCAACUACAAUGGUUAUUGGCGUCUACAGCAUUAUCUCCACUCUUAGUGCUGGUUUUGUAUACUCUAGAGCUGUUACCACUGCCUACCUUGGGCUAAAAGCUUCCAAAGCUUUCUUCUCUGGUUUCACAAAUGCAGUCUUCAAAGCCCCCAUGCUUUUCUUUGAUUCUACUCCUGUUGGACGCAUUCUCACCCGAGCUUCAUCUGAUAUGAACAUCUUGGACUUUGACAUUCCAUCUGCGUUCAUACUUGUUGUAGUACCUGCUAUUGAGCUCACUGCUGCUCUUAUCAUCAUGACAUAUGUUACAUGGCAAGUGAUUAUCAUAGCUCUUCUUGCUUUGGCUGCCACCAAAGUUGUUCAGGACUACUAUCUAGCCUCUGCAAGGGAGCUGAUCAGGAUCAACGGAACAACUAAAGCACCAGUGAUGAAUUAUGCUGCAGAAACCUCACUUGGAGUGGUGACAAUAAGAGCUUUUGGAACGGUAGAUAGAUUCUUUAGAAGCUACCUAAACCUAGUGGAUGCAGAUGCGGCGCUAUUCUUUCUGUCUAAUGCAGCCAUGGAAUGGGUCAUUAUGAGGAUAGAGAUUCUGCAGAAUAUGACUUUAUUCACCUGUGCACUAUUGCUUAUCCUUAUUCCCAAGGGCUACAUAGCUCCAGGUCUAGUUGGGCUCUCACUCUCAUAUGCAUUAACAUUGACACAAACUCAGGUGUUUCUAACCAGAUGGUAUUGUACCUUAUCGAACUCCAUCAUUUCGGUAGAGAGGAUAAAGCAGUAUAUGAACAUACCAGAAGAACCUCCUGCGGUUGUGGAUGGUAGAAGACCACCUUCUUCAUGGCCUUCUAAUGGUACAAUUCACUUGCAGGAGCUUAAGAUAAGGUAUCGCCCCAAUGCUCCAUUGGUUCUCAAAGGAAUCUCUUGCACGUUCAGAGAAGGGACAAGGGUGGGAGUUGUGGGGAGAACAGGGAGUGGGAAAAGCACUUUGAUCAGUGCUUUAUUUCGUUUGGUAGAACCAGCAAGUGGUUGCAUACUGAUUGAUGGCAUUGACAUAAGUAAGAUUGGUCUGAAAGACCUGAGGAUGAAACUCAGCAUCAUUCCUCAAGAACCAACUCUUUUCCGUGGCUGCAUAAGGACUAACCUUGAUCCUUUAGGUGUUUACUCCGACGAUGAAAUCUGGAAGGCUCUCGAGAAGUGUCAGCUCAAGACAACGAUCAGCAAUCUCCCUAAUAAACUUGAUUCUUCAGUGAGUGAGGAAGGAGAGAACUGGAGCGUGGGACAGAGACAGUUGUUCUGUCUGGGAAGAGUACUGUUGAAGAGAAACAAAAUAUUGGUGCUUGAUGAAGCUACAGCUUCCAUUGAUUCAGCUACUGAUGCAAUCAUUCAGAAAACAAUAAGAGAGGAGUUUGCCGAGUGCACAGUGAUAACAGUUGCUCACAGAGUACCAACGGUUAUAGAUAGUGACAUGGUCAUGGUUCUCUCAUUUGGUGAUCUUGUGGAGUACAGUGAGCCUUGGAAGCUGAUGGAGACUGAUUCUUACUUCUCCAAGCUCGUUGCUGAGUAUUGGGCAAGUUGUAGAGGAUAUUCUUCUCAGAAUCUUCAAGUCCACAUCUAAAAUCUCUUGCAAGUCUACUUGUAUCAGCUGCUACUGAAAUAGAAAUGUCUAAUAAUUCACAUUAUGAUAUACUUCCAUUAAAAAAAAUAAAAAAAAAAUAAAAAAAUGUCGUUACUA